AUGGGGAAACUAACAUCGACUCUGUGCAUUGUGCUUGCGUUUUGUCUCAUCACACACCUCAAAAGUUCAGAGGGGACGUCGUUAACAUAUAAUAUUGCUGCUCAUGAAAGAGCCUGUUUUUAUGCUUGGGCAGACAAACCAGGAGAAAAGAUUGCUUUUUACUUUGCGGUGCAAUCGGGUGGAUCUUUUGAUAUUGACUAUGUCGUAACGGAUCCACGUGGUAAAGAAAUUCUUUCGGGUGAUCGCGAACGUCAAGGAGAUUUCGUGUUCACAGCCAAUUAUGUCGGAGAAUACUCAUUCUGUUUUGCAAAUGAUAUGUCCACGUUCGCUGAAAAACUUGUUGACUUUGAUAUCACAAUUGAAAACGAACCUCGAGCAGAAUUACCACCCUCGAAAGGAAUCACCCCCGAACAAACAAGUAAUAUGGAAGAAAGUCGAAUGAGACUCAGUAGUGGUCUGAGCACAAUAGCGAGAACUCAAAAAUACUUUAGAACAAGGGAAAAUAGAAAUUUCUCUACAGUGAAAAGCACUGAAAAUAGAAUUUUCUGGUUUGCAUUGUUGGAAAGUACGAUGAUUGUUGGUAUGGCCGUUGUAUCGAUAAUGGGAGAAUCUCCGUUUGCGCGAUUUCGUGGAUCCAAGAAAUUGUACGUCACUGAUUUUGCAUCACUCGCUUGGUGUGAACAACAGUAUGAUUAUUCACUCACACUUGGAAGAAAGGUGACAACUGAAAUGAAGGCGGGUUCAGCUAUACACUUGGAUCUUGAGUUAGAAGAACACGACAUUGAUGAAGUUUCAAUAGAGACCGAAGAAGAUGCCUGGGGUCUAAAAUUAUACAACCUCCUUUUUGGACUCGAGGCCCUCACGACCACCGGAAAAACGCGAGAAUUACCAAUAUUUGGCUUCAUAUUUGACAUCUUUGUAUUUGGAAUCAUUGAUCAAGUUAAAAAAUCUUCGAAUUCUGAAAACGACGAAUGGGAAUGGAUAAUAUGCGAUACAAAAACUCGAUCUAGACCCAUUCGUCCAGAAAAGUCUACUAUAUCAUUGUACGUCAAAUAUCAAAUAAUGCUAUACAAAAAAUUGUUUGAUAAUUUGGCAAACGGUAUUAUAGACGAAGAAAGGAUAUAUCAAAAUUUCAAUUUGAAUGCUGAUAAGCCGUUUUCAAAAAAUUUGUCCGAACUUAUAAACGGACAUUUCGUCGAGAAUCGUAGGAAGAAGAAUAGAGAAAAGUACUCAAGACAACAGCCAACCUUAAGAACGAUCAUGACUAUGGUAAAGAAUCAUUUCAAGUUUUUUCGGAAAUCAAGUGAUACGUUGGAGGUGAACUACAGGUAUCAAGGCGAUAGCAGUGAUCUGGGUUCAUUAAAUUUUGAUUAUGAUGAAGAAAAGUUGGAUAAACAUUUACGACGAUCUACUACGUAUUGGAGAGGACUUCGAGAUCCUGAGGGUGUACCUAUUGAGGAAGCUUGGAAGUGUCAGGUUUGCGAAUAUGUGGAUGACUGUGUGUGGCGGUUGAAAAAGGUUAGGGAAAUUGAACAAAAACGAAGUAUUGGCACGUGA